AGGAACUCAGCAGACAGAGGACAAAAUGAUGGAAGACUUUUCAAUGGAAAGGAACGACAGUCGAGGAGUCUCUUUUAUAGAAUUGGAACAAACGCAGGAAGAUAUUUUCCAACAGAGAACUGGAUCUGUGGCCUCCAGUUCAGAACAUACUGAUUUAAACAGAGAAAAAUCCUACCCUACCCUGUUUGGAAAAUACAGCCAGAGCCUUCAGACCCUCAAACCCUUCCGCUGGUCCUCAUCUCAGUCUCACCCUCUGGACAAUGCAGGUUUCCUGUCCUUUGCAACUUUUACCUGGAUGACCCCCAUGAUGUGGGCCUUGUUCAGGAAUAAGCUGGACAUGAGCUCUCUCAACCUGUCUCCUUUUGAUGUAGCCGACAUCAGCGGAGAAAGACUCCACAGACUUUGGGAGGAAGAGGUUGCAAAGGUGGGCCUGGAGAAGGCCUCUCUGGUCCGAGUAAUCCUUCGCUUUCAAAGAACCAGGCUGAUUCUCUCAGUCACUGUUGGUGUCCUUGCCAUGGUGGCAGCAUUUCUGGGCCCGGCUGUUCUGGUCUAUGAGAUCCUGAACUAUAAUGAGGACCCAGGGAAGUUCACAGUAUCCUACGGUGUUGGUCUGUCCUUCGCUUUGUUCGCCACUGAGUUCUCCAAAGCCCUCCUGUUAUCCUUGAUGUGGGCGUUGAACCUGCGCACUGCAGUCAGACUGAAGGGAGCCUUCUCUUCAGUGGCCUUUCAGAAAGUCAUCUCUCUGCGGGUUCACAGCGGCAUUUCAAUGGGAGAGAUGAUUGGUGUUUUGACCAACGAUGGCCACACAUUAUUCGAGGCAGUAGUGUUGGGGAGCUUCAUGGUGCCCAUCCCAAUGCUCUUUAUUGUGUGUAUUGUCUAUGCCUGCUACAUUCUGGGCUACACCGCACUGACUGGAGUCUGCACCUACCUCAUCUUCAUCCCAGUACAGUAUGGCGUUGGCAAACUACUUAAAACACUCAGAUUGAAUACUGUACUGAUAAACAACAGCCGUGUUUGCACAAUGAAUGAGAUUAUCAACAGUAUCAAGCUCAUCAAGAUGUACGCCUGGGAAGAUUCCUUUGAAAAGAAGAUCACAGGCUUCCGGAAAAAUGAGAUGAAAGAACUGCAGAAGGUCGGUUACGUCCAGAACGCCAAUAUCAGCAUCGUCGGCAUCAUCCCCACCCUGGCCACCAUUCUCACCUUCAUUGUACACACUUCGUUGAGCUUGAACCUCAACACAACUGAUGCCUUCACCACCAUCACCAUCUUCAACUCCUUGAGGUUCUGCAUGUCUCUUAUGCCUAUGUCUGCGAAGACCCUGGCUGAGGCUGCUGUUUCACUAAAACGACUGAGGAAAAUAUUGCUGAUCCACAAUCCAGAGCCCUACCUGAUCCAGAGAGAAGACAGUGAUUCAGCCGUAGUGAUGAAAAAUGCAACACUUUCCUGGAACAAACGAGCCAACCAGCCAGACUCUCUACCCAUCAUCUCAGUUAUUGGGGAGACUGAAACCUUGUCAACCCUGAAAAACAUCUCCUUCACACUGCCUAAGGGCAACCUGCUUGGAAUCUGUGGGAAUGUGGGGAGUGGAAAGACGUCACUGAUUUCCAGCAUUUUGGAACAGAUGCACCUUCAGCAGGGCUCCCUCACAGCUGAUGGGACGUUUGCCUACGUUGCCCAGCAGGCCUGGAUAUUUCAUGGGACUGUUCAAGAAAACAUCCUGAUGGGAGAACCUCUUGACCAGUUCAAAUACAACAGAGUUGUGGAUGUCUGCAGUCUCAGAGCUGACCUGGAUAUCCUCCCAUAUGGUGAUCAAACUGAGAUCGGAGAGCGAGGGCUGAAUCUGUCAGGGGGGCAGAAGCAGAGGAUCAGUCUAGCCAGAGCUGUCUACUCCAAUAAGGACAUCUUCCUCCUUGACGAUCCACUAUCUGCUGUUGAUGCCCAUGUGGGGAAACACAUCUUUGAGGAAUGCAUUAAGAAAGAGCUCCAUGGAAAAUCCAUCAUACUGAUUACACACCAGCUCCAGUAUCUGGAGUUCUGUGAUGACAUUAUACUUUUGGAUGAUGGCGAGGUGCAGGAGGCUGGAAACCACCAGGACCUAAUGAAAGCCAAUGCACGCUAUGCUCAGCUCAUCAGCAACUACCAGAUGGAACAGCCCGAGACUCCGAAUGAGGAGGAGGAAGUGUCUCCCCAAGACGCUGCCCAGCUGAGGGAUAUUGAGCUAAGAGAAAGCACUGACAGUGGGUUAGUGAACCCAGCAUUUGAUAUGUCGCUUGAAAUGGACAAUGGAAUGACAACUAACCAAAGAUCACCUGUCAAUGAUCAGCUGGUCAGUCAGGAGUCCACCACAGAAGGUGUCGUCUCUUGGAGAGUCUACCAGCAAUACUGCAAGGCAGCUGGAGGCUACACAGUAAGCUUCCUUACCAUCCUCAACUACUUCCUGAUGAUUGGAUCCACAGCCUUCAGCAACUGGUGGCUCAGCUUCUGGCUGGGGCAGGGUGACGGGUCAUCCAAUAACACAACCUCAAACCAAGGAGACGUCUCACAAAAUCCUCACCUGCGCUUCUACCAAAUUAUUUAUGCUGUGAUGGUGGUCGUCAUGGUGACACUUGCCGUCAUCAAAUGCUUCUCCUUAACUUGGGUGACCUUGAAUGCGGCCACCAAACUCCACGACACCAUGUUCAAGAAGAUCUUCUCCAGUCCCAUGAGUUUCUUUGACACGACGCCAACAGGACGCAUUCUCAAUCGCUUCUCCAAAGAUCAAGAGGAGGUGGACACAGUGCUUCCCCUCAACAUAGACAAUUUCUUCCAGUAUACUCUGCUGGUCACCUUCACCAUCAUCACCAUCUCAGCAGUCUUCCCCCCGAUGCUGGCAGCUGUGGUUUUCAUAGGAGCUUUGUUCAGCCUCAUUCUUUUUAUCUUCCAGAGGAGUAUCCGUCAGAUGAAGAGGAUGGAGAAUGUCAGUCGUUCUCCCUGCAUCUCUCUCACCACCUCGACCCUACAGGGCCUCAGCACCAUCCAUGCCUACAACAUAAGAGACAGACACAUAAGACUGUUCAAGUCACUGAAUGACAUCAACUCCAACCACUAUUUAUUGUUUUACUCUGGAACACGUUGGCUCUCCGUCUGCCUGGACUCCAUGGCUUCAACCAUGAUCUUGUUAGUAUCUCUGUUCGUAGUGCUCAGCAGUAAUGACUUCAUCAGUCCGUCUUUGAAAGGCUUGGCCUUGUCCUACACAAUACAGCUGACAGGCAUUGUUCAGUAUACAGUGAGGCUGGCGACGGAGGUGGAGGUUAGAUUCAACUCGGUGGAGCGGCUUCAGGAAUACAUCACGGGUUGUACGUCUGAGGCCCCCAGGCAAAUAAAGGAGGCCCAAGUCCCAGAGGAUUGGCCGAAGAGCGGAACCAUCACCUUCCAGGACUAUAAGAUGAGGUACCGAGAAAAUACACCCAUUGUCCUGAACGGACUCGAUUUCUUCAUCCGAGCUGGAGAGAAGCUGGGCAUUGUGGGAAGGACAGGCUCUGGGAAGUCCUCUCUAGGCGUGGCUUUGUUCAGGCUGGUGGAGCCAGCAUCAGGGACCAUCCUGAUAGAUGGCGUGGACAUUACGACCAUUGGUCUGCAGGAUCUGCGCAGCAAAUUGUCUAUCAUUCCCCAGGAUCCUGUGCUAUUCAUUGGAACGGUCAGGUACAACUUAGACCCCUUCAAUAACUUCAAUGAUGAGGAGAUCUGGGCAGCGCUGGAGAAGACCUACAUGAAGGACUCUAUCUCCAGACUGGAGGGCAAACUACAGGCAACAGUGCUGGAGAAUGGAGAGAACUUCUCUGUAGGAGAGAGACAACUCAUAUGUAUGGCUAGAGCACUACUACGCAACUCCAAGAUCAUUCUUUUGGAUGAGGCAACAGCGUCCAUCGAUGCAGAGACAGACUCCUUGAUCCAGACCACCAUCAAAGAAGCCUUUCAGGACUGCACCAUGCUCACCAUCGCCCAUCGUAUCAACACAGUGAUGCACGCAGAUCGUAUUCUGGUCAUGGACAACGGAGAGGUGGCUGAGUUUGACCAUCCAGAUGUGCUGAAGCAAAGACCAGACUCUCUGUUCUCCUCACUCCUCGCAGCUGCUAACACUGUGAACACCUGAACCACAGAGGCCCUGUGGCACCACUACACACUAAAAACUGUAACAUAAUAAUAUUCAUUUCCCACUUUCAU